UCAGUUGCCAAGUAGCUGGUAGUAUCUGUCAGCUGUUUGCACACUGUUUACCCAUAGGGGAUCUAUUACAAGUGCUCAAAUGAACCGGCCGCUUAGAAACUAGCAGCUUCCUGGGAGCUGCAAUUACAUAAGCAUAUAUUUUUAAUAUAAUAAUUAAAAAACAAGUAGCUGCGGUAUGCCUGGAUCAGCUACAGCUAUUCGACAAGAGAGACUGAAGAAGAACUGUGCGAGGCCAAGUCCCCUUGGUUUAUUCACCAUUAAUGAGGAAGACGAACAGCAAAAGAAUGGAAAUUCCAGAAGACCAAAAGCACCUGAAAGCCACAAAGUGCAAGAUAAGAAAACUGCUGCCUCCAGCCGGCCCUCUGCUAUUUCAGGACAAAAUAGCAACUACUCAGGAAAUAAACCAGACCCUCCUCUCGUGCUACGGGUUGACGACCGGCAGCGGCUGGCCCGGGAGCGACGUGAGGAGCGUGAGAAGCAGCUAGCUGCGAGAGAAAUAAUCUGGUUAGAAAGGGAAGAGCGAGCCCGGCAGCACUAUGAAAAGCACUUAGAAGAACGAAAGAAGAAACUAGAAGAACAGAGGCUGAAGGAGGAGCGGAGGAGGGCUGCUGUGGAGGAAAAGCGGAGGCAGAGGCUGGAGGAAGACAAAGAACGCCAUGAAGCUGUUGUAAGACGAACAAUGGAAAGGAGCCAGAAGCCAAAACAGAAGCAAAACCGGUGGUCAUGGGGAGGCCCUCUCCAUGGGAGCCCUAGCAUCCGCAGUGCAGAUCCAGACAGGCGGUCAGUUUCCACCAUGAAUCUUUCGAAACAUGUUGAUCCCGUCAUUAGCAAGCGGCUCUCCUCUUCAUCUGCAACUUUACUAAAUUCUCCAGAUAGAGCUCGCCGCCUGCAGCUCAGCCCAUGGGAGAGCAGCGUUGUUAACAGACUGCUGACGCCCACACACUCGUUCCUGGCCCGAAGUAAAAGCACAGCUGCCUUGUCUGGAGAUACAGCAUCUUGCAGCCCCAUCAACAUCAUGCCCUACAAAGCUGCACACUCUAGAAAUCUGAUGGAUCGACCAAAAUUCUUGAUAACACCACCGGAGGGCUCUGCGAGAAGGAGGACUGUUCAUGGCACAGCGGGCUAUAAAAGAGAGAAGGAGAGAGAAAACCUACCGAUCCAUCCCACAUCUGCCAUUCGGAGGGCUGUAUCUCCAUCUCAUCCCAAAGCAAGAUCACCAGCUCCCUCCCGACUCUGGCUUCCAUCCAAAUCCUUUCCCCAUCUGCCUGGCACACCCAGACCAACCUCCUCCUUGCCUUCUGGAUCAGUCAAAGUUGCCCCUGCCCAGGUCCGGCCCCCAUCCCCUGGCAACAUCCGCCCUGUCAAGCGAGAAGUCAGAGUGGAACCUGAGAGGAAAGACUCUGAGAAGGAGCCCCCAAAAGUUGUCAAUGAGCCAUCACUUAAGAGCAGGGCACCUUUAGUGAAGGUGGAAGAAGCCACAGUUGAAGAGGGGUCACCUCCCGAGCCAGAGGCUGCUCCUGCUGCUCCGGCCCCGGCCCCCACUCCAGCGCCGGUCCCAGCCCCAGCGUCAGUCCCAGCCUCGCCAUCCACUGUGACUGCCAGCGCUUCCCCCAAGACCUCCGCAGGCACCACCGACCCAGAAGAGGCCACGAGGCUGCUAGCUGAGAAGAGGCGGCUGGCCCGCGAGCAGAGGGAGAAGGAGGAAAGGGAGAAGAGAGAGCAGGAAGAACUGGAAAGACAAAAGAGAGAGGAGCUGGCGCAGAAGGUGGCGGAGGAGCGGGCGCGGCGCGAGGAGGAGUCCCGCCGGCUCGAGGCCGAGCAGGCCAGGGAGAGGGAAGAGCAGCUGCGGCGGCAGGCGGAGGAGCGGGAGCGGCGCGAGCGGGAGGACCAGGAGCGCGCCCAGAAGCAGGUGGGGGCCCCGGGCCGCGGAGGGGAAGAAGUGCCCGCGCGCGCCCCGUGCGUCCAGGCGGAUGCGGGGUGCCGCAGCCCUGCUGGCCGGAGGCACAGGCCCACUUCUUAUUUCCAGAAGGAAGAAGAAGCCCGCCUUCGUGAGGAAGCGGAGAAGGCUCGGCAGGAGCGGGAGAAGCACUUCCAGAGAGAAGAGCAGGAGCGCCUGGAAAGAAAAAAGCGACUUGAGGAGAUUAUGAAAAGAACCAGGCGAACAGAAGCUACAGAUAAGAAAACCGUGGAUCAGAGAAAUGGAGAUAUAACCAAGGGAGCUCUCACUGGAGGAACAGUGGUAUCUGCACUCCCAUGUGUGACAAACUCUCCAGGAAAUGGAGAACCAGUGGCCAGCCCACACGUGGUUACCUCACACCAAUCAGCAGUGACUGUGGAGAGUACUCCCAACUUGGAAAAACAACCAAGUGAAAAUGGAGUAUCUGUGCAGAAUGAAAAUUUUGAGGAAAUUAUAAACUUACCCAUUGGAUCCAAACCAUCUAGAUUAGAUGUCACCAACAGUGAAAGCCCAGAAAUUCCUUUGAAUCCAAUUCUGGCCUUUGAUGAUGAAGGGACAAUUGGACCCCUGCCUCAGGUAGAUGGUGUUCAAACACAACAGACAGCAGAAGUUAUAUGAGCAUUUCUUCUGAAGAACCAAAGCAGAAAUUUAACAAGAAUUUCUACAAUUAAUGGAAUUUCUUCCAUGCUAUAAAGGAGCAUCCCCUUCCUCCAGUUUUCUAAAGAUUUCUUGACCAUCAUUUUGAAAAGACUUUAUUAAAACCAGCUAAAGACAACAGACUGGAUAGCUUUUCUAAUAAUUUUCGCCAAUAGAAAAAAAGUUCCUUAUUCUUCAGUACUUUAAAAUGGCUUUUGCCAGUGUGCUCCUUCUUAGCAAAUCAAUAUUUUUCUGCAUUCUCUAAAAGAUGAGAGCAUUUGGCUAUUAAAAAAAAAUGGGCUGACUAGGCAUGAUUUUUCACAUAAAUAUUUUGGUCUUUAAAAGCUAACAUAAAAUUGGCACAAAAAAUUUACCUUUUACAAUAUAAUACUUGAAAAAUAAGUACCUCUUUGUUCUACCAGUAGAGUGAAUAGGAGAGGAGUUUAAAUUAAGCCUGUUUGUUUAAAUAUUACUGCAGAGAGUUCUAUUUGUAGAAGCAAACUAUAGGCAGAUUACCAGGUUCUUGUAAAUGCAAUUUGUACAUGGACAUUCUGCAAACCCAGCUGUCACAUUCUUGCAUCUCUUUUUGCAAAAGUAUACUAAACAGUUUUAAAAUAUGAAAAAAAAACAUUAUUUUUUCAGAGCAAGAAAAUAUACUGUCCUCUUAAAUAAUGUAUUUAUAAAGUUUUUCCAGAUAAGCUAAUCAAAUAAAUUAGAACAACGUAACAACAUUGCAAACUUUGAUUUAUUAGAUGGCAUUCCUUAUGUUACCAUGAGAGAAUGUUUGUGAUGAUUCAGGGCUAUAUCUGAUGUCUGUAUAUUGCUGCUGUCCCCAGGGAUGAUGGGACUUACCUUUGCCUUACCUGAUCACAAAUUAUUGGGGAGGGGGUGUUUAAAGAUUUAAUAUUUCUUUAAAUAAAAAAAGAAUUUGGUUUUGCUCGUUUAAGAGCAAUGAAAACAUGAUGGAAUGUUGAUUGUGUUUGGCAUACGGAGCACUGUGCAGGAUACCUUCAUAAAUGUCCUCAUCUCUGCGUGGCACCCAUCAGCUUUGGCUCUUCACUCUUCACUUUUGCUGCUGAUCUUAGCUAUGCAAACCUGCACUUUCAUUUGCUCAAUAUAAUUCGAUUUUAUUUUACCAUUUUAGAAACUACUAAUAACUAAAUAUUGAAGGAGAAGGGAUUCUGAAGGAACACAUUUAUUUUUUUUGCAGAGUGUUUGAAAAGGUAAACGUCUAGCAGUAUAAUAUGUUGGCUUUAUUAAAAGAGGGAUUGGUUAAUCUAUACUGAAUGAGAAACUCAUUUAUUAAAAUCCAAGCUAUAGUAACAGCUGUAAUUUGUGAAAACACUAAUUUGGGGAUUUUCCCUAUUCUCAGUUGUCCAUGUACACAGCCAUAUUAAAAAAAUCUGUUCAACAAAGUUGUUUUAUUUGUUUAAGUCGACCUAGCAUGAAACACCAAAUAAAAUGCAUUUGACAUAGU